UAAAGAAUGGCAAACCUACGAAAACCUUCAAAGGAGAAAGACAUGGUUGGCAUGUUCAAGCCCAAUGGUCGAUGCAAGAAGCACCCUAAACACCAUCAAUCACCAGGAGUGUGUUCUCUUUGUUUAAUGGAUAAGCUUUCUCAAUUAUCUGCUUCUAAUUACUCACGUAAAACAACAACCUCUGGUUAUUCUUCUUGUUCUUCUUCUGCUUCUUCUUUGUCCUCCUAUUACUCCUCCUCUUCGGCUUCUUCUUGUGCUUCUCCAAUGCACCCUUUCCCUUUUUCUAACGAGGGUAAGAGUGGCUCUUCGGUUUCCAUCUUUCUGAUGAGUUCCAAGCAUGGUGGACUCUUCAAAAGCAGGUCAAUGGCUGUUGUUCCAAGAAGAAGAAGAAGAAGAAAAGACGGUGAAGGUGAAGAUGAAGGUGGUGUUGAUAAUCAUAAUAAGAAGAGUGCCAAGAAAACUGGGUUUUGGUACAAGUUGCUUCAUCCUAAAAGCAAGAGAAUGGAGGAGAAGCGCACUGAGCUUGUUCGUACUAGGUCUUUAAGAGAAACGGUGAACGUAGCUAGCUGAUAGUGAUGAUUAAUUGAUUAUCCUCUAUUCUAUUCAUCUCUAAUUGGUGAUUAAUUCUUUCAUUUCUUUUCCCACCCCUUAAUUUUUGGGUGGGAUAUAUAUAGUUCUUGGUUAUUAGUUCAUUUUUCCAAUUUCUUUUCUACAGAACAGAAAGAAAAAUAAAGAUAUUGUAUUGCAUGUGAUUCUGUAUAUAUAUAAAUCU